GUCAUACGUUAACGCCCCCGCAGGCUGUCAAAAACACGGAUUUCGGCAUUGAAAAUACUUUGUAAUAAAAAUGAUUUUAGCUUCACACUCCUGGAGGGUUUAUUUAAGGAAUCAGGUGUCUCUCGUACAAACAGGGUUUAGAUGGUAUAGUGAUAAAUGUGGCAAGCCCAAAAAGCCUGUCGCUACUCCAAAGAAAAAAAAAGUUUACGUAAAUCCACACGUGGACCGAUCGUAUAAAGUUGGAGAAGUGAGACGUUACUCGCCGUUUCAUUAUCCCGAACAGUCAAAAGUAGAAUGGGUGGUGGCUCGUUUGGACGACAUUUUAAACUGGGGCAGGAAAGGCUCACUAUGGCCUUUAACAUUUGGCUUAGCAUGCUGCGCGUUGGAAAUGAUGCACUAUGCGGGCCCUAGAUACGACAUGGAUCGCUAUGGCAUGGUUUUCCGCGGCACACCGCGUCAGACAGACGUCAUUAUCGUAGCUGGUACUGUUACCAAUAAAAUGGCACCUAUCCUGCGAAAGACCUACGACAUGAUGCCGGAGCCACGUUUUGUCGUAUCCAUGGGAAGCUGUGCAAUCGGUGGUGGAUAUUAUCACUAUACGUACUCUACGGUGCGCGGUUGUAAUCGGAUAAUACCAGUCGACAUAUAUGUUCCUGGGUGUCCUCCGACAGCAGAAGCUUUGCUUUACGGCAUGUUGUUACUAGCAAAAAAAGUCAAACGCAUGCGCCUCUGCCAAACUUGGUACAGACAUUAACACACAUUGUAUAUUUAAUAAAAAAAUUAAACUUUGCUUUUAAUGAAUGUCAAUUACUCCCAUACGAAAAAUGUGUUCCAUUUGUAAUAAAAACGCACGACUAAAGCUUAGAAGUACUUUAUUGGAAAUGUAAUAUUCGGGAAAAUAUACGCGUAUUGAAAGAGCAGACAAUAUAAUAUUGUGAAUCUGAUGUUACUUGUGAAGAUCAAAAUGAGUUCUAUUGAAAAAUAUGAGAUUGUGACUUCCUUUUGCAAUCGACUACAUAUUGUCAACAAUUACGCCUGUUUUUAGAUUGGACCAAAAGUAUGAAGAGAGAGGAAAUGGUUAUCUCUUUAUAGUGUUUAAUAGCAAACUCUGGUGAUAUUGCUAUAAAACUUCAAGCGUAGAACUUUUUGUUUAAAACAAGUAUAUAAGAAAAAAUAAAUCUUUGAAAUUUAUCAAACAAUUGCAAAUAUAGGGCAAAGUCCAUAAAUAAAUUCAUAUGUUCUACCGUCUGCAUUCGAUUCAAACGUCGUGUUAAAUGUAGAGCUUUCCAUUGUACGUGAUAAGUUGCAAGUUUCAAUAGUUCUAGUCGUUGGUUCUAGUGCUCGUUAGAUUUCCAAUAGCUAUACAAUAGACAGGAUUUCAGUUCGUUAUUCUUGCAUUAAGCGAAGGCACGUAUUUGAUUUUAGGAGGAUGUACAGUCCAAAUGAGACAUAUUUUUUGUAUAAUUAAUAGAAUAUUGAUUAUAGGUGUUAAAUAAUAAUUUGUAGCAUGAUGUUAUGUUGUUGUAUGUAUGUUAUGUAUCGAUAACUUACCUCAAAAUAAAAAUAUAAUCAACCAUUAGUUCCUGACGUUGGCACGUGUAAGCAAACUCUUUAGCUUUA